UCUGCUCCUAUUCCCUCUGUACAUCUGUCUCUAUAUAUAUAUAUAUAUAAUCUCACUACCAUUCUUAUCACACUCUCUACUUCAAACUUGAAAGCUAAGUUUCUUCUUUUAUGGAGUGUUAAUUAAUUUUGAUUGGAAAUGGAAAUGGCUUCUUCUGAGAAUUUGAUGGCGAUGGAGCCUUGGGGGGUUUUUCGUCCUGGAUUUGUUGAUCCUUGGUUCGCCGACGUGUUUUCCCGGGAAACGGAGGCGCUGACGAAAGUUUUGCAGAAAUCGAUGUCGGAGGCUCCGGCGGCGGUUUUGCCGGUUUUUAAGGCGGAGGAGAUGGUGGCGGUGGGGACUCCGAGCGCUUCCGGGCCGACGGUUUCGGGCGGGUCGGAGAACGAGACGGCCGGGUCGAAGCGGCGGAGCGUGGGAGGCGCGUUGAACGGGAAGAGCAAGAAGCGGAAGUCACGCGCGGCGAAGCGGUCCACCACCACGUACAUAACCGCCGACGCCGCCCAUUUCCGGCAGAUGGUGCAGCAGGUCACCGGGUUCAAGUUCAACGGGCAGCUGCCGGUCGCCCCUAUCCUGAAGCCGGAGCCGCAGCGCGCCGUGCAACGGCUCCAGCCGAGCGGCGGCUGCCUCCCCACGCUCGACACCUCCGCUUUCUUGCUCGACCAGAACAAACAGACGGUGGGCUCCACCACCGCAACGCCACUACUCCAGCCGGCGGCGCUUAUCUCUCCUCCGCCGCCGCCGAGGAUGGAAGCCGACGCCAGCUGCGCGUCAGCUUUCGACCUUGACUUCUUCUCCAGCUUUCCCACCCUGGAGUCAUGGAAAACAGUAAUGUAGCCAAGGAACUAAAAUAGGCCGCGUUUGGCAACCUUCCUUGUGGGAAUUGGGAUAAAAGUUUAGGGAGGGAAAUAGGGGAAGGGUAUAAUGGGGAAAAAAUGUUCAUAUUUUUGUAGAUGUUGGAGGGAAGGGACUUGGGAGUCCUCAGUAUGUAUUUUGUGUUCUGCAGAAUCAUUAGAAUCUGAAUCUCAUCUAAUCUUUUGUUGUUCGAUCA